AAGUAUCUACGCAUGAUCUUCGAUGAAAAGCUUACAUUCAAACCACACAUAUUUUAUAUUAAAAGAAAAUGCUCUCAAUCGCUUAACAUUCUUAAGGUCCCCACAAACUGCUCAUGGGGGGCUGACAUGGACGCAAUGCUUAAAAUAUACCGCUCCGUAAUCCGUUCCAAACUUGACUGUGGUAUUUCUGUAUACUCAUCAGCCCGCCAAUCUGUAUUAAAAUAUCUCGAUACCAUCCAUCAUCAAGGACUAAGAAUUUCAUCGGGUGCAUUCAGGACUUUACCAGUUGAGAGUCUGUAUGUGUUAUGUUCUGAACCUUCUCUGCAUUUUCGUCGAUAUAAGUUAUCUCUGGACUAUUACUUUAAAAUAAAAGCGAAUCCUCUUCAUCCACUUUACUCUUGUGUUUGCCAUCCACAACUUGUUACUCACUUCUCUUCACGCCCGUCUUACAUUCCUUCAUUUGGAAUAAGAAUCACCAACAUUUUAUGUGAACUUAACAUUUUAAAUUUUGAGGUUUUUACUUACACAGACGCUAUCCCACCAUGGGUUGACUUUACAGCUUGUGUUUUAAACGUUUUUAAUAAUUUGAAAAAAUCCGAGACAAACCCAACAGUUUUUACCCAAAGAUUUUACGAACAUCGUCAUCAAUAUAUGGAUUUUACGCCUAUUUAUACAGAUGGAUCGAAACAUGAUAACCAUGUUGGUUGCGGUGUUGCUUACGAAAGUUUUAAUAUGUCUGAAAAAUUUCUUCACGAAACUUCAAUUUUCACUGCUGAAUGUUAUGCUAUUUUGCUAGCGCUUAAUUUUAUUUCAGACCAAACUAAAAAUAAAUGGAUAAUUUAUACUGACUCUCGUAGCUUUAUAUCUAGUGUUCCUUACAUUGGAAAAAACCCCAUAAUUCAAAAAAUACAAAACCACUUUAUGCAAUUGCAAGUCCGAGGGUUCAACAUAUAUUUUUGUUGGAUACCCUCACACUUCGGCAUUCUUGGAAAUGACCGUGCUGAUAUCAUAGCUAAAACUACUCAAAACUUAAGCAGUAAUCUCUUGACAUGUUCGGACGUCAAGCACAUUUGUAAAUCUUCAGUUCAUCAAGAGUGGAAAAAUCAUUGGAAUAUUCAAAAUAAUAAUAAAUUACAUGAAAUUUAUCCUAAUCUUGAUAAUUGUAAGACAUUCACUGUUGAUCGCAAAACCCAGACUUUAAUUAAUAGACUACGUAUCGGGCAUACUCGUUUUACGCAUAUGCAUUUACUGGUAGCCGAACCUGCACCCAGCUGUACUCUAUGUCAAGUUGACAUUUCAAUUAAACACAUAUUAACUAACUGCAGACGAUUCAAAUAUUUGAGGAAGAAACUUUUCGGCAGAUUUUAUCCCAAUCUUUCAUCCCUACUUAGUGACCCUAUACAUCACAAUUUAAUCAAGUUCAUCAAAACAAUAGGACUGUAUUCACUAAUUUAAGUAAAAGUGUAAUUCUUUUACCUAGUGACUGGCGCAGUAUAGCCACUUCUGGCUCUUGUGCCAUUAAACUUCAACUAACCAACCAACCAACCAUACUCAGUAGCUACAGCUCUUAUACUUUUAGUAUUUUCAGUUACUAACAAAACAGCAGAUUUCAUUUUGGUUGGAGAUACCUUGCAUCUUUUAUUAUUUGAUUUCCACAAAAAAGGCAUCUGAAAAAGUUACUCAUAUUUUAACAACCAUAAAAAAAGUAUUAUAGUUAGAAAUAGAGUAUCUCCAACUUUGUUAAUUCUAUUAAUAUACCAUAGUAGACUCUCUCUUAUUCUAUAGUUCCAUAAGCUAAUCUCACUCACAAUGUGCAAUAAAAUAUUUAUGAGUAGUGUGUAAAAGUAAAACAUUUGAUAUAAUUCAAGGAUUGAUUGAAAGUAAUAAUGGAUUAGACAAUAUUAAUUUAAUAAACUAAUUUUGGGGAAAAUCAUUAUUUCUAACUUAAUUUGUUAAUUUUCAUAUCAUAAAAUAUUAAAUACUUAAGUUAUAUUGAAAUCAACAGUAAGUGAUGAAUUUGAAAAAUGGGUUAAAAUUUGUUAGUUUGCCAACAAAACAUGAAAGCAAAUUUUAGUUGUGUUUAGUUUUAGCAGAAACACAGUGUUCCAAAUGAAUAUUAUUUUCAUUGCUUUAAGUGACUUUG